AUGGCGCAGGUCAUUAUCCUCGGUGAUAGCGGCGUAGGCAAGACGAGUUUGAUGAAUCAAUAUGUAAACAAGAAAUUUUCCACGUCCUACAAAGCCACCAUCGGCGCGGACUUCUUGACCAAGGAAGUCAACGUCGACGACAGAAUCGUGACGCUCCAGCUUUGGGACACGGCCGGCCAAGAACGCUUCCAGUCGCUGGGAGUCGCCUUCUACCGCGGCGCGGACUGCUGCGUGCUCGUCUACGAUGUCAACAGCGCAAAGUCGUUCGAGACGCUCGACUCCUGGCGCGACGAGUUCCUCAUCCAAGCGUCGCCCCGCGAACCCGAGACUUUCCCCUUUGUCGUGCUGGGCAACAAGAUCGACCAGGGCGAGGAGCGGAGGAUGAUCUCCCAGAAGCGAGCCAUGGCCUAUUGCCAGUCGCGCGGGCAGAUGCCCUACUUCGAGACCAGCGCCAAGGAGAGCAUCAACGUCGAGCAGGCCUUUGAAGUCAUCGCCCGCAACGCCCUGGCGCAGGAGGAGAGCGAGGAAUAUGGCGGCGAUUUCUCAGACCCGAUCAAUAUCAACCUCGACCAAGGAAGGGAAGGCUGUGCAUGUUAA